GACAACUCCCAGAGACGACUUAGCGGCAUCCCUCGCCCUUCCCGACUUCCUCGUCCCGUCUCCGGCAUCAUUCAACCAGCUCCGGCUCCAGCUCCGGCCUCCAGCUCCACGCCGUCGCUUCGCCCAAGGCCGUCCCGAGAUAGUCUAGCAGGAGAUACAUCCAGUGGCGGAGAGGUCCAGAACCCAAAACUGCGAGCUUCUGCUUCCCGUGGCCAACUGCGCCCCUCUGCCAGUGUCAAUAGCGGGCGUGCGCCGGCUUUGCGAAACUCUACGUCUAGUAACCAGCUUCGUUCUAGUUCUUCUCGCGCUCCGGCUCCGGCUCCCAAACCCGCUGCCCCAGUAUCGAAGCCUGUACGAUCCGUUUCAUCGUCUCAGCGAAGAUGGAGUACAAUCACCAACGCCCCGGCAGCGCAGUACAAACCCUGGGCAGAAUCAGGAGAACCUGAUAGAGAUACAUUUGACCAGGAAAUAGGCUCCACAGAUGCGUCAAACGACAUUCUUACCUCAUAUCUGAAUGAUUCUGCAGGCGUACCGGAUCACUUUGACAAUAACGCAUCUCCACUCUCCUCUCCGGGGAGGAGCAUGCCCCAGAUCAACACACCCAAACCCUCACUUUCUGAACGCACCAUUGAGACUCUGUCGCAAUUGCCCUCGUCUCCAGCUUUGAGCAAGAAGUCGUCAUCAUUCUUUGAUUCAGGCCGACCUACAUCAAGAGCCGAAAGCUCGGCUUCCAGGCCAAGCUCCAGCUACACCUCUGACGGUUCUGCAAGACAUCCGUCCCGCCCAGGUUCAAGCGCGGCUGACGACUCGGGAUUCUCAAAUCCCAGGAUGUCAUCGGCCAAUCUAUUCAAGAGACCUCUCUCAGUCAUUCACAACGACAGAACACCAGGUGCUGCUUCCAACAAUGCGCAACGACUUCGUCCCGCCAGUCGUGCUUCAGGGGCGGCCUCAAAGCCAUCCGCCUCAGUACCGGAUGUCAGAAGCCCAAGCCCAGACAGACUAGGUAAAACACCAACGAAGCUGUCUCAGAAGCCGGCCCAGAAGCCAGCCCAGAAGCCAGUAACCAAGUCUUUAAAGCAAAGGGCUUCAAUGCACGGUCUUGGCAAGAAGCCAUCGAUGCAGGCCCUGGAUGCCAGCGACAACAAUUCGGGAGCUCCCAUCUCUUCCUGGGACGGCACUAUCGCGGCGGUUGCCCCAGCAGUGAAAGAAGCCGCUGAACCGGAGCAGCCAACUCAAAAAUCCUCGUCAGCGCUUCGGGAUCAGAUCGCCAAGGCAAAAGCUGCCAAGAAGGCCGCUAUGAAGCAGACGCAGGCACAGACGGCCAGUGCAGUAUCAACAACUGAUGAAUUUGCAACAGCUCCAGCAAAGAGCGGAUUCGAUUACGAUGCUGCAUUUGAUGACCCAUUUAAUCUGAACAAAGGACAAGAUGCCAAUGAAAAAGUGUUGAAGCAACGUGUCGGAGCAGCAAGAACUAGUGGAAAACUGAAUAUUGCCGCGUUAGGACUGAAAGAGAUUCCCAGCGACGUCAUGAAAAUGUACGAUAUGGAGACCAUUGGGGCCGGUGGAAGCUGGGCAGAAAGUGUCGAGUUGACCAGGCUGGUUGCUGCGGAUAAUGAGAUAGAAACGUUGGACGACGCCAUGUUCCCCGACCUCAGUCCCGAAGAACUCGAAAACGACGAAGAAGGUCGUGGCAACAUCUUUGGAGGGCUCGAGACUCUCGACAUGCACGGCAAUCGGCUGCCAGCCAUUCCGGUGGGAUUCCGCCGCUUCACCCAAUUGACCACUCUCAAUCUGUCGUCCAAUCGCCUGGAAAAUGGAUGCCUUGAAAUCAUUGCUCAGAUGACGGCAAUCCGCGAUCUCAAACUGGCAAACAAUCUCAUUGCCGGACCGUUGAACUCGAGCCUCGCGGACCUGAGUGUCUUGGAGGUGCUUGAUAUACACGGAAACCAAGUCUCUGCCCUGCCACCCAACGUCGAAGGGCUUUCUCGGCUGCGCGUUCUCAAUUUGAGCGAGAAUAACUUUGAAUCACUUCCCUUUGAGGGGCUCUCAAAGCUACCGCUAGCCGAGCUCGAUUUAAAGAAGAACAAGCUGUCGGGAACUUUAAUUGAGGAGCCGAUUGGUUCAUUGCCAAUGCUUCAGUCCCUCGAUAUAUCGGUGAAUAGGCUGAUGCGGCUUGUGCCAGCGGAUGCCUCAAUCAGCCUGCCGGCUGUCCACACCGUCACCCUUUCCAUGAAUCGUCUGCAGGAGCUCCCGGAUUUGACUUCGUGGACAAGUCUUAUAAACCUUGCAGCAGAUGCGAACAACAUCUCCAGCAUCCCCUUGAGCUUCACCAGCCUCGAAAAGGUGCGACAGGCCGACUUUUCCAGCAAUGACAUCCGGGUUGUCCCACCUGAGAUUUCUCGAAUGGACAGCCUCACACUGCUUCGGCUGAGUGGCAACCCGCUGCGUGACAAGAAGUUUGCUUCAGCCUCGACAGAUGAGAUCAAGGAAGCGCUGUCGACAAGACUGGAGCCUCCUCCCCCAUAUGAGGAGCCAGUCGUGCAGGCGCCAAUCGCUACCAUCAUAAGUCCGCCGGACAACGAGAAGAAACAACAGCCGGAAAAGGUGUCGACAAUCCACCCCGAGGAAACAGAUAGCAGAUCAGAAGGCGAUGAUGAUUUUGCCACGCCUCCAACGUCUGCACCUCAUUCGCCUACCAGAUCCCGUGCUUCGACAGUAGUAAGGGAAACUUGGCAGGUCAAGCCGGGCGGACUCCUGGACCGGUCACGCACCGAAUCAUCUUCCUUGAGCCCGGAAAUGUGCGCCGAACUGUCGAGGAGCUAUCAGAUAAGACAGGCACAGCUUCAUCACAAUCUCCUGAGCGCAUUCCCUGGACCCCUGCAGUUCUUCUCGCAAACCCUCACGUCUCUAUCUCUGGGCCACAACAAAAUCUCGGGAGAGGACUACUUAACAGAAGAACUGAGUCUGCCGGUUCUGACGGAAUUGAACUUGAGCUCGAAUACCAUCACCAGCCUAGGUCCGUUGACAAAAUUCCUUAAAGCACCCGCACUGGAAAAGAUUGACGUCUCGCUCAAUCGCCUAACUGCCCUUCCGCUCGAUCUGAAGCAGAGCUUCCCCAGCUUAAAGGUACUGCUUGCGUCAAACAACCAACUAACCGAGCUUGAUCCAGCUGCCAUCAAGGGCCUCAAAGUUGUUGAUGUCUCGAGCAAUGAGAUUGCGCACCUGGAUCCUCGGCUCGGCCUCUUGGGCGGAAAGGACGGACUGGAGCGGCUCGAUGUGGCAGGAAACCGAUUCAAGGUCCCCAAGUGGAAUAUCCUGGAGAAGGGAACCGCAGCCACGAUGAGAUGGCUCCGAGGCCGAGUGCCGGCUGCCGAGAUGGAGGCAUGGAGAGCUGAGAAUGGGGACGACGAC